AUCUUUAAACAUUCGUCGUGCCAAAGUUUGUGUGCUAUCGAUCGGCAUGAACUGGAAGAGGGAAAGAGUACAUAUCCGACGUGUGUACGUAGAGUUUAACGCUGAACCGGAGUUAAACUGAGAAACAAACUGUGUUUCCUAUGAACAAAACUUGAAAAUUUUACCGUGAAAAAUAUUUCAUGUGAAACAGGUAUAAUCCCAGCCUACUGCUUUAAAAAGUAUAGUAGUAUUCUUGUUUUGCUGUGCACAAUAAACAUUCCAAACAAUGGCUUUUCGAAGGUAUCAAUUAAUUGUAAGGGAUCGCUUUUUUAAACUAAUUCCAAAUGAAAACAUGUACCAAUGCCGCAUUGGAAGUUGCGAAAGUAAACUAAAAGGCAUAGAGAGCAGCUUGAGAAGACACAUAGCUCAUCAGCAUUCGAAGGUAGCGAUGCAAAUCGGACUGACGGGGUAUUCCAAAAGGCAGUCAAAAAUGCAGGAUGGCCACGAGAGUCCAAGUCCGAAAUCUGCCGGACACGACGAAUUCCUUACCGGGCAGCUGGAGAUGAUAGCGUUUCAUUCAGUUCCGCUCGAUUUUUUCGACAGUGCAACGUUUGAAAAAACGAUUGGUCCUGCGGCAAAAAAUUUGGGUAUCGUGUUCGCAAACGGAUUUAUCAACAAAUUGAUUUCCGUUGUUACUACACAAAUAAGAAGCCUGAUAGCAGCUGAACUGAAGGAUAGAAUGUUCAGCGUCAAAUUCGACGUCGUAUCUUACCGCAAGCGAAAACUACUAGCCAUCAAUGUUCAGUAUAUCAAUGAGGGAAAAUUCAUAACAAGAACUCUUUCCGUUGAAGAUGUAAGCAGUCCACAGUCACUGGAAGUUGUUAAAAGUCGAAUAGACGCGGUAUUGGAAUCUUAUCAAAUAAACAUGUGCAAUGUGUACUGUUGGAUUACAGAAAGUGGAAAAAACUGGGUGAAAUGCGACCCUGAAAAAGUUGCAAUGGUUCGAGUUAAAACUGAGGAUGCCAGUAGUAACAUCUUAGACAAUAUCACUUACGUUACGGUCGUCGAAAGCAAUGAGCCCAAUUCAACCAAGGCGAAGAUCGAUAUUAAACCAAACGUUGGUGCGCUAGACGUCAUUGAUGAAAGCAUUAUCGAUGAACUAUACGAGCCGGCAAUUAUCGAGGAUGACGCCGUUUCAGAUCAACUUAUUGAGGCACUAGAAACAAUGUUUCUGCCUGACGAGGAAAAACAUAGUGCUACAAUUAAAUGUGGACUGCAAACAUUGUGCUUCAUAGUUCAGGACUCGCUGAAUUUACUAAAUGACGAUUCUCUACUCGCUAUUAGAAUGAUCGUAGGGGCCACGCGACAGCCCGAACAUCGGAGACUUUUCGAACUGGCAAAUAUACCACUUCCUAAAUGCGAUAUACAAAAACGGUGGGGAUCAUUGUGGAGUAUGAUUGAAAGCAUUUAUAAGUAUAGAAUAUUCUACGAGGACAUUGGUGUAAAAAUAAAGGAACUCGCUUUUACCCCUAACCAUUGGACGUUCAUUGAAGAGUUCAUUGCUGCUUACGAGCCCAUCUAUAAAACUGCGGAAUCACUGCAGACGGAGAAUCUAACCAUGGGAGACGUUUUCAAAAGCAUUAAACUUUGUCAAUACAAAAUUAAAAAGAUUUCUCCAGCAAACCGUUUCGUAGAACCAAUUUUACAAGCAUUGGAAGCUAGAAUGGCAUUCCUAUUCGAAAAAGACCUGUUUCGUGUGGCUUUGCUUUUCGACCAACGUUGGUGCUUCUUAGACUCGCCGUAUUAUCCGAAAGAAUCAAAAAUGCUUGCAAUUGAUUCCGCGUUGAAAAUAUCUAAUACACUCAAACGUAUUCAAAAUUACGCCGUGGAACCAGUUCCCAAGGAAGAAUCCUCUAGGGAAAUCCCCGAGGAUGAAUUCGAAGCCAUGCUCGAGGAAGAGUGUCAGAACGAAUCAAUGAUGGUGGAUACCUCGCAGAUCGAUCUCAAGUUGAAGUUAAUUCAAUUGGCGAAUACCAAAACUCGGAAGCCAAUAGCGACCGACAAUCUGGUCUAUUGGGAAACUAAAAAACUUGAGGAUGCUGAACUAUACGAGCUUGCGAUGGUUGCCCUGGGGUGUCAUGCAUCAUCGGUUACUCUUAACCAAUGCUACGAUGCAAUGAAUAUGUUCAAAGACAGGCAGCGAAUGGGGAUGUCCUUACACACAUUGCACAAUAUAAUGACGCUGAAGUUCAACCGAAAUCUUAUUCAGACCGCUGUCGAGAGUUCUAAACAGCAGCUGUUGAAUUGAGGUUUCUCAAUGAUGUAAAAUUUAUAAAAUACAGCAAAAAUAAAAUAUGAAACGCUA